CCAGCAGCAAAGGCUGCACCAAAGCAGCUGCAUCCCCUGGACCUGCCUGAGGUGGGAAGAGUGAGGUGUGUGUGUGUUCCUGCAGGGUCUGGAACAGAGUCCGACAGCGAUGAGUCUGUACCAGAGCUCGAAGAGCAAGACUCCACACAGGCCACGACACAGCAGGCGCAGCUCGCGGCAGCGGCCGAGAUAGAUGAAGAACCCGUCAGCAAAGCAAAACAGAGCCGGAGCGAGAAGAAAGCUCGGAAGGCAAUGUCCAAACUGGGCCUUCGCCAGGUGACGGGAGUCACCAGGGUCACCAUCCGGAAAUCCAAGAACAUCCUGUUUGUCAUCACAAAGCCAGACGUGUACAAGAGCCCGGCGUCAGACACCUACAUUGUCUUUGGCGAGGCCAAGAUCGAAGACCUGUCCCAGCAGGCCCAGCUGGCAGCUGCAGAAAAGUUCAAAGUGCAAGGAGAACCUGUUUCAAACAUCCAGGAAAACACACAGACCCCCACCGUGCAGGAGGAGAGCGAGGAAGAGGAGGUUGACGAGACGGGGGUGGAGGUGAAAGACAUCGAGCUGGUGAUGUCGCAGGCGAACGUGUCGCGGGCGAAGGCCGUGCGAGCCCUCAAGAACAACAGCAACGACAUCGUAAACGCGAUAAUGGAGCUGACGAUGUAGCCGCCGGAGGGAGGAGCCUUUUUUGGUGUUUCAGAGAAGACUAAAAUACAGCUAAAUUUAAAAUUUGUACUAUUUCUAUCGGUUAAUAAAAGUUGUGGCUUAUUGUUGGUGAAACA